CAGCCCUAGUGGGAUUACAGGACAGCGUGGGAGUGCAAGACAACAUGGGACUUGAGGACAGCGUGGGACUAAGGUCAACAUUAAACCUGAAACAAGUAAAGACUGCGGCGCACUUGCCUAUAAUGUGCUUCUAGGUUCAUCCAGAGAAAACAUUGGGAGAAUAAAUAAGAAUUCCAAAAUGGAGGAACCCUGAAAAAAACGCUGCUCAAAGCUGUGGCAAAAGUUUUGAAAACAGCCAGGCAGUUCAGGCGCCGGAGGUCAACGGUGAGAAAACGCAUCGAGAAGAUUGAGCAUCUCGUGCAGACCGGUGUGUGUCAGGUUUUAGAAAGCCUGCCAACACCCCUGCACGCGAUGCUCUCUGCUCAGAUGCGCAACGCGGGAAAGGCGAAAUCGGCGCGACGCUUCUCCGAAGAGGAGAAGCUAUUACCUGUGCACUCUAACGGGGCCACCGGAAGUAAAUGGGUUUCGCUUACGAAGAACACGAUUCUUCGCCGCGAACGACUUUCGAUCGUCAUAUUCACCUGUGUCACGUGAUCUGCGAUUGUUCGCCGAUCGUCGUUCUCGAGGAACGUAAAAUUCAAUCGCAGCCCGGAUAAUAGAUGCUGGCACUAAUGGGUAACACAAAGCCUGCAUUCUUGGAGAUCGACAAUGAUAAGUUUAAGACCAUCAUGAAGAUAUCAAACGAUGACUCUAUCGAGCAGAAAAAGAAUCAUUCCGAUGAGGAUGAGGAUUCGAAAACAUUGCAACUCCUUCGAAUUAAAGGAUUUCCACGGUUAUUACCCGAAGGGAUUCAGGCAUUGGUUAAUUACUGUAGAUACCUACGGGAGUUAUCCUUGUCCUAUUCUUUCCUCAGCGACGAAUUACUAUUAGCAUUAAGUUCCGAGAAGGAGAUGCAACUGGGAACCUUGCGAUUGGAAGCGCAUCCAGAGACGAAACCUUUCCCUCGAAUCAGCGAUACAGCUUGGUUUACAUUCUCGAAUCACUUGCCGAACAUAAAUUUAGUGCUAUUGUCUUAUAUGACGAACGAAGUUGAUCAGAGCCCACUUUUCGCCCCAUACGUUCCUAUAACACAUUUGUACUUUGGAGAAGCACCGUCGGAAGCAACUAUGUUACGCAUCAGCUGUCUGUGUCCUCGAUUGAUCGAGCUAGUCGUUGCUGCUUAUGGACCUGAGACACUCGACCGUGCACUCCUUUCUGUUGCUCAAGGUUGCCCACGCUUAAACGCCGUUGGAUUAGGCGAUUGCGAAAUUACUUGCUCAGGAUUGUUGGAAUUUGUCACAGUGUGUGCGAAACGCUUGCGAAUAUUGUACGUUUGGGAAACGUCACUAAUAGAUGACUCCGACCUCGACGUAGCGAAGGUGUCGAAAAAAGUUUCAUCGCUUCUUGGUCGUACGUGGGUACCUGAAUAUAUUCCACUGUGCUGAAAGUUUGACUUUAACCAAAUCAAUUUGUACGAUGCGUAAGCCCCAAUGGCCGACAAUAGUUUGCGCACAUACUAAAAAUGUGCGUAAGUGAUAAUUAGACUUAACGGAUAAUACCUUUUCUAUUUUCUACUAUAAAUUAAUUAUGUAAGUAAUUAUAUAAUUUUGAACUGUAUAGCGUAGAUAUUGUAUACGCGUUGUAGAUUUCUCAGUAUUCUUAGGACUAAUAUUUUUAAACACAGUCGGUGAAUGAGAAAUUUUUGAAGACAUUGUAUCAGGUGAAACUUUUCAUAUUCUUGAUACGACCUAUCGUUGGCAAUAGAUCAACAAUUAUUAUUAAGAAAUAAAAAAACACAUACAAAAAUGUAAUUAAGUUUUGUUAUAGUUUUUGUUGAUUAGUAUCUUUAUGUCAAUAUACGCGUAACCCAGUAAGUACUUUGCGCAUUGGACGCGAUUCCACGAAAAAGAAUAAAAAAAGCCACGUAUUGUAAAAAUUGCUCGUGUCUGUUAAUACCAAAAAAUAUAAACUUUAUUAGAUUAUAAUGAUACCUUUUGCUUGUGGUGUAUAUAAAAUAAAAUAAUACCACUACUUAUUUAUCAAUCGUCGCUCAUGGUAGAUAUGUAUAAUAUACAAUAAUGAUAUAGUCUAUAAUGUUAUUGUAAUACAACAGACUAUGUACAUUAUUUCUACAUUAUAACACAAUAAAUGAUUGGGUAUACUUAGUA